AUGUUUAGUGAACAAGACAGCUACUGUGGUAUGAUAGAUAACUACCAGGAGCAGACUACUGGUUACCCUGGUUACCUGCAGGGUUCCUCCGAACUAUUCUCAAGAUCUCACUCACCUAGGACGGUCAAAAGGAUAAACUCAAACGCAAGGAAACGUUUGCGACAACAUAUUGUAAAUGAGGCUUUCUUAAAGUUACGAGACAUGGUUCCAGCCAGGAGACCCGAGAAGAAAAUGUCGAAACUACAGAUUCUGAAGUCAGCGACUAGAUACAUCAACUAUCUGACACAAGUACUGCAAAGAGAUCAAAAUAUAAAUAACCAGACCACUCCCUCAAUACCACCAGCUGCACAGAUCACUCCCUCAACACCACCUCCUGCACAGACCACUCCCUCAACACCGCAAGCUGCCAACUUAUAG